AUGGCAAUAUCCCAUCUCCACCGCCACACCUCCCCCGGCCCCCUAACCGUCAAACACUUCAUCGACUCCUUUCAACGCAUAUGGCUGGAGUCACGACCAGCCCGAACAGGGCGGAAACAUGACCCUCAUCUCCCACGCAGACUCGGCCUCGCCAUAAGCGGCGGCGCCGACUCCAUGGCCCUCGCCUACCUCUGCAAACAAUGGGAACUUACCCAGAGGCAAACAAGCAACAACACCGUCUCCGUGACAGCAUUCGUCGUGGACCACAAAGCCCGCGAGGAGAGUACUCGCGAAGCGAACAUGGUUGCAGGCUGGCUUGACGAUAUGGGCCUAAAGACACAAAUCCUCCCCUUGACCUGGCCAUCCCACUCCAUCUCCGCCUUCGAAACCCACGCCCGGCGCCUCCGCUUCCAAGCUCUCGGGCAGGCCUGUCGAGCACAGAACAUCGAGACUCUCCUAAUGGGCCACCACCAAGACGACAACGUCGAGACGACCCUCUGGCGUCUCUGCACGGGGGCAAGGGGCGCCGGACUAGCGGGUAUUCCGGCGGUGACGCGUAUUCCUGAAUGUCAUGGGUUGUUUGGGGUUGCGGAGAGUGGAUCUUCAAUGUCAUUAUCGAAACCGGCAAACUAUACUAGCUAUCGCAUCAAGACUACGAAUAACAACGAACUAAGACUUACAAAAUCACCACCAACCCCCACAACCCAGGACCAACAAAAGCAGUAUCUAAUAUCAACAGGCGGCAUCUCAAUAACCCGCCCCCUCUUAUCCUUCCCCAAACGAUCCCUCCUCGCAACAUGCAAAGAAAACAACAUCCCCUACGUCGACGAUCCAACGAACUUCGAUCCAACGUUGACUCCCAGAAAUGCCAUACGGAGUCUCCUCUCGGAGAAGAAACUUCCACGUGCGCUGCGCGAAGAAUCUAUACUUUCAUUGAUGAGGAAGAGCAAUUCGCUUCUGAGGUCUGUAACGGAGGACUCAAAUGAGAUUCUUGAGCGAUGCGAGGUUAUUGAAUUCGCGCCGGAUACGGGGUGUUUGAUUAUCAAGUUCCCUCCACCAUCUCCAUCAGAGAAACCCACCCCAACUGAAACGAAUAAAGACACAUCAUCCCUAACCCUCCGACGCAUCACCGAACUCAUCUCCCCAUUCCCGGAGAACCAUUUCUCAUUGCGGAGUUUCGAGCCUUUUGUUUCUCGUGUUUUCCCUUCUUCUCCUCCCUCUUCCAUAUCCAUAUCACAGGAACGAGGAAAUGCCCCAGCAAAGCAACAAUCUUUCACGCUAGGCGGCGUUAUGUUCCAGCCUCUUCGAUGCGAUUCACCACCACCCCCUUCCUCAACCACCACCACAACCACACCGGAUAUCACGAACCAUGGAAAUACAUACCUCCUCACCCGCCAACCAUACAUGCGGAACCGCCUCCCUAUUCUUCCCAUCACUGUGCCUAUCUACCCACCCUCAUCCUCAUCCUCAUCCUCAUGCUCUUCAACCCAGCACAGCGGGAACACAGAAACGUCCCAAAUACCCAUUAGUACAUCGGACUGGCAUCUCUGGGAUAACAGGUACUGGUUCCGAGUUACGGGGACGAGUAUACCGCCUCCAUCAGGGGCAGGACCGACGUCGCUGUCGCUGGUUGUGCGGCCGCUACAAAAGUCUGAUUUGAAGGGUAUUCGCAUGGCUGCGGACAAGGAGGAGAUGCGAGCGUUGAUGGAUCGGUUGGGACGGGAUGCGCCGGGGUUGGUACGGUUUACUUUGCCGAUGUUGGUAUUGGUUGGGGAUGGGGGGAACGAGGUGCCGGUGGCGUUGCCGACUAUGGAGAUGUGGUUGCCUGGAGCUGAAGAUACUCUAAAGUCAAUGUCUUGCACUGUCCGGUGGGAGUGGAUGUAUAAAAUGAUUGAUCGGGAACCGUUGGAACGGAUGCGUUGGUUGAAGAACUAG